AUGGAUGGACGAGGGCCCUACGGCCUCGCCUGCAGCAACUGCUUCAAGGCAAAAUGCAAGUGCGUCGGUCGGCCGGACGGCGGCUGUGAGAGAUGCCAUCGCCUGAAAAAACAGUGUAGCCCCUCCGACUCGGUCCGUCGGCGCAAUUCCUCUCGCACGCAGAGUAUGCGCCUUGCGCAGCUCGAGUCCAAGUACGAGAGCCUCCUCGCCUUGAUCCAGUCGCGCAUGCCCCCGCCCGGUGCUGCUGCCGGUCCCGCUGGAGCCCCCGCUACGCCGCAAACCACACUGGCCUCCUCCGCCCUAAUGCAGCACGGCCACCCCUCCCCCUCCGAAACCCUCAUGCCGCCCCCCUCGGGCCUCCCCUCGGCCUACCCGCUGCCCCCGGACGACCUGCGCAAUCCGGACGAAGUCCUCGCCCUCUUCCGCGACCACAUGCUACGCUUCUGCCCGUUCAUCUAUCUACCACCCACGGUCUCCGCGCAGUACCUACAGACGGAGCGCCCGUUCCUAUGGCAGGCGAUCUGCGCUGUGACGACUCGGUCAUUCAGCGAAAAGCGCGUGCGCGCGCACCAGUUCAAGACGAUCCUCGCGCAGGCGACGGUCGUUGAGAAUCGGUCGAGCAUUGAUAUGCUUCUGGGGGUACUGACAUAUGCGGCGUGGAGCUAUGAUCAGUUUCUGCACAUGAGUCCUACGAUAUCGCGGCUGAUGGAGAUUGCGCUGUCCAUCGCGUACGAUAUGCAUUUGAAUAAGCGUAUGCCGCCGGAUAGCCAUGUUAUUACCCUGCUUGGCGGCAGGACGAUUCGCACGGGGCUUGAGAAUCCAGAUCAUCGCUCAAUGGAGGAGCAGCGCGGGGCGCUGGGGUGUUUCUUGUUAUGCUCCAUCUACUCCACGUACUUCACGCAAAUGGACCCGAUGCGCUGGACAUCGCAAAUGGAGGGCUAUCUCAAGAACAUCGAGGCGACCCCCGAGCAUCCGAAUGACCAGUCGUUGACUCUGCUUGUGCGCCUGCAGUUACUGGGACAGCGCGCUACGCAAGCGCGAGACGAGCACCAGGGCCCGUUUCCCAUUGCCAUGUUCCUGAAUUCGUGGCGGGCGCAGCUGGACACGCUGCGAAAUUCGUUGCCCGUUGUACAUCCGAAUAAAGACCUCCUCAUCCUGCACUUCCACUACAUCGAACUGGGCAUCCACACCAGCGCCUUCGUGCCCCAGGGCUCCCUCGACACCCCAACCACAUCUCCAACCCCCGCAACACCCGCAGGGGCAACAACAACACCCCCAUCCAUCCAAACAACAGCCGCCUCAAGCUGGGAGAAAAUCGAAUGCAUGCGCGGCACGCUCUCCUCCAUCCAAUCCUGGAUAGAAACCUUUUACCGCCUCCCACCAACCGACUACCCGCACACACCCAUGGUCCUCUGGACGCAAUUCGCGCGCGCCCUGGUAAAUCUGUACCGCCUGUCGACGUACACGGAUCCGCAGUGGAACCCCGAGGUCGUGACGCAGACGAUUAGUCUGUUAGAGAUUGUUGAGAGUGUUGGUCUGCGCGUGGAUCAGGUUGCAGAGGCGGCGGCCCGCGCGGGGGAGCGGGAUUAUUUCUGGGGACGCGUUGCGGGACUCUCGCAGCUUAUCCGCGCGUGGUUGAGGGAGCAGCUUGUGGGUGAUGACUCGGAUGAGUCGCCCGGUGCGAGCGCGGCGGCGUGGGUUGGCGCCGGUGGUGUUCCUGAUGGUGGUGGUCUUGGUAUCGGAGGGCCAGGGAGUGGGAGUGCAAGCGCGGGCCAGGCGGAGAGUAGCUCGUCGCAGCACAGUGUUGCGCAGAGCCUGCCGUCGCAGUGGGGGAUGAAUAGUGAGCUUGUGGAUAGCCUUGCGUAUGGGAAUGAGGCGUGGUUGCAGACGCUGUCGUCGGUGAAUUUUGGGGCGCAGGGGCAUAUGCCGCCUCCUCCUUGA